AUGUCAACUGAAAAGGGAGGCUCCAAAAUACCAACAAAAAUAUCGACAAACAACCGCCCGCAAAAACGACAAAGAGAAGGCUCUAAUAAAUCAGAAAAUGGAAACCUGGAAGCUGAUGUUCAAAACUUACUUGAAACACAUGCUCUACUAUCAGAAAAACUGAACUCCAUGAUGACAAAAGAUGACAUGUCGGAUAUGAUAGGAAAGAUAACAGAAAGCGUACUUCAUCAAAUUCGAAAAGGAAUCACCAUAGAAUUCCAGAAAAUCGAAGACAAACUGGAAGACAAACUCGAGAAAAUAGCUUCGCAAAAUAAUGUCCUUAUUAAGGAAAAUGAACAAUUAAAGAAACAAGUGAGUGAUUUAAACUUUAAACUUUAUGAUUGCAAUGAAGGUGUAAAAGAAUCAUUGAGAAUAAGCAAUUACAACGAACAGUAUUCACGAAAAACUAAUCUGAAGUUUCUGAAUAUAAAGUGUGGUGAAAAUAUGUGUUUAGCGGAUAAAAUUAUUGAAAUUAUCAAAGACGUUUCUAACAAUGAAUUUAAAUUAAACAAAUCUGACAUUAUAGCUAUUCACCCCCUUCAAUCAAAAUAUGCAAACAAACCAAAACCUAUCAUUCUAAAAGUCAAAAACACUGAGAUUAAAGAGAAUAUUAUGAAAUAUCGGAAAUCGUUUUUCAACUCGGAUAUUCCAGUUUAUCAUGACGUGACAAAGAAGAAUAUGGACCUGAUUAAGCAUCUUAAAACUCAAUCUUAUAUAGCGUCUGCUUGGUAUUACAACUGUCAUGUUUAUGCUAAAACAGAUGGACGACAUAAAGUGAAGAUAGACUUAUUUGAUGACUUUGAAUCUAAAAUCAAACACGCUCCCAGUGACUAA